AGGGGUGAGAGCGCGAGGCUCUGCGGCUCCCCCCGCCCCCCCACCCGAGCGAGAGCGGGCAGGGGAGGGGGCUGCUGUGGCGGCGCGGAGCCCCUCCGGCGGGGAAGGCGCCUCCCUGGCGGAAGCAGCCGCCAGCAGAGCUUAAAGGCAAAGUCUGGAAUGUUACUAUGGAAGGACAACACAGUCAUCCUCAUCAUCUGGGGGACCAGAACAGCCCGCUCUGCAAAGUGGCAAGCCAGGAAUACCAGCAUGAUGCACAAAGGCAUCUGACUUCAUACCCUUAUCGCUGCACCUUAGCAGACUUUCAGAUAGAGAAGAAAAUUGGACGAGGACAAUUCAGUGAAGUCUACAAGGCUACUUGCCUUCUGGACAGAAAACCAGUGGCAUUAAAGAAAGUACAGAUAUUUGAAAUGAUGGAUGCCAAGGCUAGACAAGAUUGCAUUAAAGAAAUAGACCUUUUGAAGCAAUUGAACCACCCCAACAUAAUCAAGUAUUUGGAUUCAUUUAUUGAGGACAAUGAACUUAACAUUGUAUUGGAACUGGCAGAUGCAGGUGACCUCUCUCAGAUGAUUAAGUAUUUUAAAAAGCAGAAGCGGCUAAUCCCAGAAAGGACGGUUUGGAAAUAUUUUGUGCAGUUGUGCAGUGCAGUUGAACACAUGCACUCCCGCAGGGUGAUGCACAGAGACAUAAAGCCAGCCAAUGUGUUCAUAACAGCCACUGGAGUUGUGAAACUUGGAGAUCUUGGACUGGGCCGCUUCUUUAGCUCUAAAACUACUGCCGCACAUUCCUUAGUGGGAACACCCUACUAUAUGUCCCCAGAAAGGAUACAUGAAAAUGGCUAUAAUUUUAAAUCAGACAUCUGGUCCUUGGGCUGCUUAUUGUAUGAGAUGGCAGCUCUCCAGAGUCCCUUCUAUGGUGAUAAAAUGAACCUGUUUUCGCUCUGCCAAAAGAUAGAGCAGUGUGAUUACCCCCCUCUUCCAACCGAACAUUAUUCUGACAAGUUGCGAGAGCUGGUCAGCAUGUGCAUAUACCCAGAUCCUGACCAGAGACCUGACAUUGGUUAUGUGCACCAGCUAGCAAAACAGAUGCAUGUGUGGACCUCCAGCACUUGAUCGACAUGCUCCCAGAAAAGCCAUCCCAGCGUAGUCUUACUUGAACCUUCUAUCUCGGACGAAACCAAGAGGUGCCUCGCCAAUUUACAUGGGAGAGUUGAGCCUUCCUAGGAAGACGCUUCGUGAUUUCUGCUGGCCAUUUGCAGGGGCGCUCACAGAGCGGAUCCGCUCUAAGCGAAGGCUGUGAGAUGCUGCUGCAAGUGUGUUACUUUUUAAAAUAACACGUUACAGAUAUAGAUCUCUUAAAAGAUCCUUUCUUAAAACUGUUGUGUGUAAUCUAGGUUAGGUUAUUAUAGCAAGGGUUUCUCAUUUGUGUAUUUGACACACCCCUUGUAUCUUAACUAAUGUGAAAUAUUGAAAUAAUUCCUUUGGUGAAAUCACUUUAUACUAAUGUAAGAAUUACAGUAGAUUUUGUGUAAUUUGUAUAACUGCUACUUCUGCCUCUUUUGCAAACGGUUAAUAGCAAAUUCAGUUUUUAGUUCAUAUAUUUUUUAAAAAAACAUCCAGCCUGGAGUUUUUGUACUUCCCUCCUUUGCAAUAAUAGGGUCUGGUGAGGGAACAUGUUUGAAGAUUUUUUUAAAAGAAAUUGAAACUUUGUGAUUAAUAUUUUGCAAUGCAUUUUAUUUGUCACUAUGGCUGCAGUCAGUGAGGCCUCCACUGCAGGCCUCAAACCAAAGCUCUCUUUUUUGUCAGUUUCUGUGCCGCUGCUGGCACAGAUCUUGUGAGAAUCUCAAUAGCUAAUAUUACAUGACCAGUGUUACUGCACGCAGAAUAUGGGGUUGGGGGGGAAAGCUUUGUAAAAUCAGUGGUACUUUGGCCAUCUACAACUACCUUGAAGCAGUGUUCAAAACAUAAUGUAAAAGGGUAUUACAUUGACCAUGCAAUAAGGUAAGUUAAAAUAGAAUUCAUUCAUUUUAACUCAAAUGAUCACCCACACUUCUUAACUGUGAAGACUCAUUGAAGAAUGUGAAUAUUUUAAACAAGCUGAUUUGAAGGACAUAUUAAGACUUUGCAUUUACACAUACUUUCAAUCAGCUAAAUUACUUCAUUGACUUGGUAAUUCAGUUUCCAUUGGCCCAAGAAAGGUUUUGCUCAGGAAGCCAGCUUUCUCUUGCAUCUGUCUUUUUCCUUUCCUUUCCGAGUAAUGGUGCUCAAUCAGCUUCAGUACUGAAGGAUGCUAUUUAGAGAAGGACAUCCACAUUUCAGGGGCUGAAAUGUGGCCUGGCCUCUGGGCUAUUUUCAAAGCAGGUUAUUUUGCUGGAAAUAAAGAACGGAAUAUACAUGCAUCUUUUUCAGUGGAUUUCUGUGUGGCUCAGUCUGCCUUAAAUUGAGAAGGGCAAUGCCAACUACUAAGCAGUUCUGAAACAAUCUACAAAGGGUAAUAAGGCUAGUGUUUAAUUGCUGUGAAAGAUCCUGGCUGUGGAAAGCCACAGGGAAGUCCAGCCUAUCAAUCUUGGUGGAAAGUCAGAAUAUUUCAGCUUUAUUGUACAGCGGCAGCACAUCUGCUUACAAACUCUCAGGUGCUGCUGCUGGUGGGUGUCCUUAAAAGCAAGGUAGUCUCUCCCUGGCACUGCAGGCUUCAUUUGAAUUUAUAUAUAACCUGGUCUUGGGGUGCAACAUGAAACUUCUGUCUGUUGGGCAAUUCCAUGUUACAGGUGUGUCUGCUAAAAUCUGGUCUCAUAUACUUACUCCUUAAGAUCUAUUAGCACUUAAGUACAUGUAUUUCCAAAGAAUUUUUUGUGAAUGUGCAUUUUUAGAUAAGAUUAAAUGAUUUACAAAAUAAACAGUUUUCUUUGUAGAAAGAAAAA